AUGGAGUUGGCUGCAAGUCAGCAAACACCAGCGCAGUCAAUUGCGACCAUUUGGGAUGCUGGAAGUUCCUUUGCCGAGCGACUCUGUGCUGGAGCCACUGACCAUGCUCGCCGCUUUGGUAUGAAGGUCGUGGAUGCAACAGGGAUCGCUGACCAGGCAAUGAUGCCACAUAUGCGGCAGCUGAAAGCGAUGGGUCCAGAUUUGCUCGUCGGCUGUGGCAACCUCCGAAGUGCAGAGCAAAUCCUCAUCUCUGCCAGCUCCCUGAGUUUUGUCCCUUUUGGACUCGUUCUGACCGCAGUGUCCAGCAGGGAUGCGGUGCGCUCUGUAGGCGCUCAUCUCGCGAACUACGUCAUGAGUCCAUUGGUUUGGGAGCCUUCUGACUCUGUGAAGUGCCCAGUGUUUGGCUCCGCACGCGACUUUGCUACAGCUUAUCGUGCAAAGUUCAACGAGGAGCCCCUCCCAGAAAGUGCAGCGGCAGCUGCUGGAGGAAUUGCAUUGCUUGCAGCCAUUCAAGCAGUGAGCAGCCUGGAGCAGAAUGCAGUUCGACAGGCGUUGCUUUCCUUAUCGUUGCAAACCUGCUAUGGGCAGCUGUCCUUCGACAGCAAUGGUACUCGGACAAGUGCUGAAACCUUGACUCAACAGGUUCAGCCUCUUGGAAAGGACAAAGGUACCAUGGACCGUUGGACGACCGCAGACAUCGUCACAUUAGGUGGAACACAUGCACUGAGUGGCUGGCCCUUGCCUACCUGGGUCCAGAAAGAGAUUGACGUCUACCCCUGCAUCCCGGGGGAGGCUGUAGUGCUGGACAAUAGCGGCAACGUAUCGACCUGCAAGCAGUGCCCACCGGGCCAGUACCGCACUCCGCGCUCCGUAGAAUGCGAGGAGUGCGUUCCGGGUACGUAUGGCACUGCGUCGGGAAUGAGCCAAUGUGACAUUUGCCCUUCUGGUGCAGACUGCCCAGGCAACACACAGGUUUUCGCAAAAGCGGGCUUUUACCGCCUCCCAUCCGCUUCUCAAUCCGGCACCUUCGUUGAGUGCAAUCCUCGGGAGCUUUGCCUUGGAAAGAACCAGUGCAACGAGGCACAUCAAGGCAUUUUGUGUCAACAUUGCGAGCCUGGCUACUCGCUACCGCUUUGGGGCCUGAAGCGCCACUUGUGUAUGAAAUGCCCAGAUCAAAAUGUCGCUGUUGGCAGCGUCGUUCUUACCGUCUUCCUGUACGUUCUCUACAUUUGGCUGAUCGUGAAGGGCACGAGGUCUGCCUCGCAAUCUGUGCGGGCGAUCCAUUCCGUGAUCCUGAAGAUUGGUGUCAACUACUUGCAAUUCGCGGGAACCGCGUUCGAGGCCACCGAAUUCAAAGUGAUGGUGGUGACCAUCUGCGGAGAAGGUGCAGCAUAUUUGCUUCCAUUCAUUGAGAUGCCUGAGCGGCUGCAGUAUCCCUUCACUGCAUUGAUGAGUCUGGACUGCAUCCUUCCGGAGGGCAGUGGGAUUCGUCCUUAUCAAGUGGAAAUCACGGUCGGCCUCAUCUUGAUGCCAGCAGCAUUCUUUAUCAUGACGCUCUUCGCAGCAAUCCGGAAGGAUUGCAUUGGAGUGUUGGGCCCUUGGCUUCGGCAGAAAUGGGUUGACUACAGGGAGCAAUGUAGAGCCCGCACUCUUGAGCAAGAAGCAGUUGAGGAGUCAACCCCGCAGGACCUCGACAUUCUCAGCAGGGUGCCGCAGCGAAUAGGGAACGGUUCCGUGGCUUCGCCGCACUCGGGCAUGUCUCCGUGCUUCAAGGACGGAUCACCAACCUUUUCGCCACAACGACGCUUCACAGGUGGAGAUUUUACACCAAUGUCGGCCUACGGAUUGAGCUCUCCGUGGAACAAGCACCGUUCUGAAGAGGACUCCCCAUCUCCAACACGCUCUCAGCGUCACACGCAGGUCUUUGUGAACAGCGUGGCUACUCGCUUCGUGAACUCGGUGAUUGUGAUGAGCUUCAUUUUGCAUCCUGUGGUGGUCAGGAUCUUGGUCGUUGGCUUCGAGUGCGAGGAGCUUGAUGUACUUCGUCACAGACGGGACUUCAGCGUGGAGUGCAACUCUGAUGGUCACAGGCCAUGGCUCUGUCUCAGUACCGUCGGCCUGGUGAUUUUUGGGCUCGGAGUACCUGUGUCCCUCUUCAUUGCACUGUGCAGAGUACGGAAGCACCUCUACCGCCCGGAAAUUCGGAAGCGCUACGGGUUUCUUUACAAUGGGUUUGAGCUGAAGUAUUACUACUUCGAGUCUGUCUACAUGUUUCGGAAGGUGAUGAUUUUGCUUUUCUUCACCGCUCCCACAAUGUAUGUGCGGAUGGUCUUGAUGCUGUUCACAUCCUUCGGCUUUAUUUUGCUCCAUGUCUAUACUGGACCUUUCGACAACCGCAGCUACAUGUGUUUGGACCGGCUUGAAGCUCUGAGCUUGACUGCAUUGACGGCAACAGUCUCUUCCCGUCUGAUUUUUGACAUUCGUCAGGAACUGUCCGGAGAGUUCUUCGAGGAAAUCGUCAAUCAUUGGACCAUGGACAUUCUACUUGUGGCUGGGCCUUUGCUAACCCAUGCGGCCUUUUUGUGGUGCGCAAUUUGGAGUUUGUUCAGGAACACGGUCCUGAAGCAUCUGAAUUUGAAAGCUGACAUUUGGCCAGAGCGCAUGUCACGGUUUCAGAAAUGCCUGCUGGCGCUGGAGAGACACAAGCAAAAGGCCUUCUUCGAUGAAGAUCAGGACGGUCUUUGGCUGGACACUGGCAAUCUUAGCAAGCAGGAGAAGGACUACCUCUUUGUUGCCAUGUGCGACACGCUCCACAGAUACAUGGACACCGACCAACGGAUUCAUCCUGGUGACAUGGCAGCAGCUGUCAGGGAAGCCCUGAAUCGGUGCCGCUGUGCACGCCGGAAGCGGGCUGUUCGCUUGGAGCAAUUGGAUAGGACUGACUUGGGGAACGUGGCAAUGCUCCUACGUCCCGACUCAGCUCCUUUGACGGUGGAGCAUGUUUGUCGUUUGGUGGAUGAAGGGCUGUACAAUGGCUGUUACUUUUAUCGUUCAGACUUUGUAUUGCAGUGGGGCCUUUGGCUGCCAAAUGAGACGGAGGUGAAGAAUCCUUAUCCAGACAUUGCAGCAAAUGAAACUGACAGCGGGACAUUCCUUUCCAAUCGACCUGGAACAGUUGCUAUUGCUCAUGGAAUUGGCGUCAAUGGUAACUCUGACAUUUUCAUCAAUCUGCAGGACAAUGACUACUUGGACACCAUGUCUUUGGGUUUUUGUGUCUUUGCAGAGCUUGACGCGAAGAGCCGUCGAGUUGUCAAGGAUCUGGCAGAAGCAGUUGUGAAUGGCCUGAAACCAGUCAUUUGGCAGGCUUCUAUUGAGAGCCAACUCCAGAAGAAAGAGAAGCUUCUUGAAGAGUCGGUGAUCGACGGGAGCGCCGAGUCCGUGGAUUGCCCAAAAAGGCCAGAGACACCGAAGUCCCUUGGCCGAGCGCUGCAUAUGGAACUGGAGAAAACGCAGGAGUUUCUACCGGAAGAGUUUUUCGACGCGCUCAUGCCGGUUUGGCAGGAGAUCACAGAAGGUCAAGGGCCACGAUAUUCUCCGCCUGAGUGCCAGUGCAAUGCAACAUCUUUGGCACAGCAGAUGAUGUACGCUCCAGUAAGACCUCGUUUGCGUGUACGACUGCAAGGGGUGAAGGAUGAGGAAGAGGAAGACGAUUUGGAAAGAGCUGAGGGUGGCAGCUUGCAUGGGAGCAGCCUUCGCCUAGAGGCUUUGCUCGGCAGGGGACAACUGCCAGCGGCUCGUGCGGAGUCUGGACCGCUUGAGGUCUUCUUAUCGCGCGCUCAGUCUGGAUGUAGGGUGGAUCUUCCUGAUCUGAUUCAAGCCCAUGAUGAGCUGUUGGCCGAAAAUCUCGAGCUUCGCAAAGAGAACGAGGUGCUCCGCUGUCAAGUGGAAUCUCCGAGCAAGAGGCCACCAAGUGGGUUCGCCAGUCCAAAGUCGUGCAGACAGAACUCUCCUGCUCCGGGAUCAAGUAUGUCUCCCUCAAAGCAGGUGAGGUCACCACUGCCAGAGGGGGAACCAGUGCCAGAGGCAGCAGCAGCAGAGGCUGUGGUUGCGGAAUUUGCAGAUGAGUUGGCACAGGAAAUUGAAGCACGCUCCACUUGGAGAGAUGUAUCCCCCAUAAGCCCGACGAGCAUCCUCAAUGUGGCCACAGCGGCAUUUUCUGCGGUGAGGGGCAGCUUAAGCCCCUCAAAUAGCCCGGCAAGGCCACCGAAGCUUUGGUGCCGAUCUUUGAAGUAG